AUGGCUCCUGGUCUAGACAACAUCUCAGACCGUGUUCUACAAGGGCCAGACAACAAACAAGAUGCAUCAACCCAAGACUCCACCUUCCAAACCCUCAACCCGGCCCCUGAAGACUCCACCUACCAAACCAUGAACCCGGCCCCUGAAGACUCCACCUGCCAAACCAUGAACCCGGCCCCUGAAGACUCCACCUACCAAACCCUCAACCCGGCCCCUGAAGACUCCACCUACCAAACCAUCAACCCGGCCCCUCAAGACUCCACCUACCAAACCAUCAACCCGGCCCCUGAAGACUCCACCUACCAAACCAUCAGUCCGGCCCCUCAAGAUUCCACAUACCAAACCAUCAACCGGCCCCUCAUGACUCCACCUACCAAACCAUCAACCCGGCCCCUCAAGACUCCACCUACCAAACCAUCAACCCGGCCCCUGAAGACUCCACCUACCAAACCAUCAGCCCGGCCCCUCAAGAUUCCAACUACCAAACCAUCAACAGACUCCACCUACCAAACCAUCAACCGGCCCCUGAAGACUCCACCUACCAAAAUCAACCCAGCCCCUCAAGACUCCACCUACCAAACCAUCAACCCGGCCCCUGAAGACUCCACCUACCAAACCAUCAACCCGGCCCCUCAAGACUCCACCUACCAAACCAUCAACCGGCCCCUCAAGACUCCACCUACCAAACCAUCAACCCGCCCCCUGAAGACUCCACCUACCAAACCAUCAACCGGCCCCUGA